AGUAACCUAUCGGCCUCUGUUGCAUCAGCAAGCAAUGCCGUGAACCCCGUCGAUGAUGGUCUACAAGUCAUCUGUGCAUGGCCAGUAUCUGGCUCAUAUGGUGCCGGAUCGAGAGUCUUAUUCUACGUGCUCGUGGUAACCACCGUGUUUGCUCGAAAACUUGAUUGGAUUAAAAGUGCCGCCUUGUCUACAGCGUUGCCUCUCUCGACAGCGGCAGCAGUUCAUGGCAUUGUCCUAGCAUCUUUGCAUCGUGACACAGCUGUCGACAUGGACAUAUAUGGUGCCUUCCAGAUGUGCUCACUUGGCACCCUAGUCGUUCCACUGAUGAUCAAGCUCACCAAGUCGCAUGAGUUCUCGACUCAUACAGGCCGCCGAAUCAUGUUUAUAUGGGCUGGCCUGGUUCUCGCUGGACUUAUUUGUCUAGACAUUGAAUUUUUCCGAGCCCAGACAUUUCCUUGCCUUGAGGAUGGCCAAGGCAACCCCAUGUCUAGCAAUCCUAAAAGAUUCCCUUACGGUACGAAUGUAACAUGCAAGUUGACCUGCUCCGAAACAGAUGGCCCGUUCUCACCCAUACGAAUCGGAUCUGCAAACAACAUUUAUAAGAUUCCUGCCCCCAAUACGCUCACAUUCGGCGCGGCAACUCUCGUAGCGGCUGGGUGCUGCAUCCAUACAAUCAUCUGGAUGGUGGUCAUGACAGAGCGUUUCAACACCAGAACCAAUAGUUGUGAGACAAAUGAGCCAAUCUCGGGCACCCAGGCGACCAAAGGUUCCAUGAACGAUGUAAACCUCAUGGUUCACCUUUUUCUUUCCGUAGCGGCGAUUCCUGUGUCAGGUUGCGCCGCGGUUGCUAUCAUUAUUGUCAGCGAGAUCAAUUUCUUCAGUGGCCCAGUCAACUAUCAAUCCGAGGCUCUAGCGAACAUC